GUUUUCUCUGCCGUUGGCCGUUUUCAGACCGUAAAGGCAAAGAGCUGGCGGCGAUGAAGGCCGACCUGCUCCGAGCCCGAGACAUGAAGAGAUACAUCAACCAGCUGACGGUCGCCAAGAAACAGUGUGAGAAACGCAUCCGUCUGCUGGGAGGCCCCAACUACGAGAACAGCGAAGAGGGAGGAGCAGAGGAGAGCGAGGAGCCCCAGAGCCAGAAGAUCCUGCAGUUGGAGGACAUCCUGUGUAACGCGGGCUACAGGGAGCACUUCAGAGUUUAUAUGGAGCGAGUGGAUAAGAGAGCACUCAUCAGCUUCUGGGAGCUCGUAGAGACGCUCAAAACAGCAAACAAGAGUGAAGUGCCGCAGAUCGUGGGAGAGAUCUAUCAGAAGUUCUUUGUGGAGAGCAGAGAGAUCCCAGUGGAGAAGGUUCUUCUGAAGGAGAUCCAGCAGAGUCUGGUGGGAAACAGAGGGACACAGGUGUUCACCAGGAUCCAGGAACAGGUGACGGAGACGAUGAGAGAGCGGUACUACCCUUCGUUCCUCGUGUCGGAUCUUUACGACAAACUGAUUCGAAGAGACGACCAACACAACCAGAGCCAGUGCAGCGCCGAGGAGAAGGAGGAGGAGUGUCCCGGUCUGGACCCCAGGGAGGAGGUGGGCGACGAGGGCAGCAAAGGCAUCAACGAGCAGGCCAGCUACGCAGCGACCAAACUCCGCCAGCUCUACGACAAACUGGAAUACAAGAGACAAGCGCUGGGGUCCAUCCAGAACGCUCCCAAGCCAGACAAGAAGAUCGUGAGCAAACUGAAGGAGGAGAUCGGGGCCAUGGAGAAGGAGCACAGUGAGCUUCAGCAGCACAUCAGCCGCACGGACUGGUGGUGUGAGAACCUGGGCCACUGGAGAGCCACCAUCACCAACGCAGAGGCCAUGUUGUUGUGGUGUCCUGCCCAAAGACACAAUGGCAGUGAGAUGAGGCAAAACAUCAACCCUUGGAUUUAUGGGUCUAUGCCCAGUGUUGGGAAGGCUGCAGAGGAGGGAGGAGAGACUGUGGCCUGUUACAGCGUCUGCGUGACUCUGGACGAAGGAGACGAGUCCAACAACAGCAGAUGGACCGUGCAGAGAAAACUCACCGAGUUUCAGAUCCUGCAUAGAAAACUCACCGAGUGCUUUCCAUCAUUAAAGAAACUCCAGUUGCCGUCCUUAAGCAAACUUCCCUUCAAAUCCAUCGACCAAAAGUUUUUAGAGAAGAGCAAAACGCAGCUCAAUGCCUUUCUACAGCGUCUCCUGACAGAUGAGCGGUUGUGCCAGUCUGAAGCUCUCUACGCCUUCCUCAGCCCCUCUCCAGAGCAUCUCAAGGUCAUGUCCAUUCAGAAGAAAUCCUCUUUUUCUUUGGCGUCGUUCCUGGAGAGAUUUCCCGGGGACUUCUUCUCCCACACAGAUGAGGACGGAGACGACGACAGCGACUUCUCAGAUUACGGAGACGAGCCUGACGGGAGGAGGGACGCGCUGGCCGAGCCCUGUUUCACUCUGAUAGGAGAGAUAUUUGAACUCAGAGGAAUGUUCAAGUGGGUGAGGAAAACACUUAUUGCACUAGUCCAGGUGACGUUUGGACGCACCAUCAACAAGCAGAUCCGGGACACCGUAAACUGGAUUUUCUCGGAGCAGAUGUUGGUGUGUUACGUCGGUGUGUUCAGGGACACGUUUUGGCCGAACGGAAAGUUAGCGCCGCACGUCAAAGUCCGAACGGAGUCGGAACGGAACGAGACCAAGGAGCGAGCGCAGCAGAAACUUCUGGACAACAUCCCAGACGCUUUAACAAACCUGGUGGGUCAGCAGAACGCUCGAUACGGGAUCAUCAAAAUCUUUAACGCCCUGCAGGAGGCCAGCGCCAACAAACACCUGCUCUACGUGAUGAUGGAAAUGUUACUGAAGGAGCUGUGCCCCGAGCUCACAGCAGAGGACACGGUCUGAGUCUGGACCAGGACCGAGUCUGGACCGGGGUCUGAGUCUGGACCGGGGACCGAGUCUGGACCGGGGUCUGAGUCUGGACCAGGACCGAGUCUGGACCAGGACCGAGUCUGGACCGGGGUCUGAGUCUGGACCAGGACCGAGUCUGGACCGGGGUCUGAGUCUGGACCAGGACCGAGUCUGGACCGGGGUCUGAGUCUGGACCAGGACCGAGUCUGGACCGGGAACCGAGUC